AGAUAUCAUCUGGUGCUUCCCCGCGUUAUCCCCACAGAUCUGCCUCCGCGAGACCCAGUUCCCCACCAAACCUUCCAAAGCUGUUAGCUUCAACAUUAGCCCGUGGAAGAUCUUUGGUUACCUUACACCCCAUCGAUCUGAACCCCAAAGUCUCCUGGUCAGAGUUCCCGAGACCGGACGGCUCUGUGGGGGAGGACUCAUCCCACCUAUUUGGUACAUGAGACAGCUACCAUCCAAGACUUCCAGGAUCAUCAACGGGUUUUUGCAUACGAGUUUAGCAGAGAAACAACAUCAUGUUCUUCACUCUAGGCAGGGGCAAAAGCCUCCAGGUCGGCGUCACGAUAUGCUGCCUAAUUGCGUUUGUGCUAUUCGGCUAUGACCAAGGGGUGUUUGGUGGCAUUCUCCAAAUGGAGGAUUGGUUAGAGCAAGUCGGCAACCCUUCUGAUUCGGAAACCGGUAUCAUCGUGUCGUGCUACAACCUGGGUUGUCUGACAGGCUGUGUUCUCAACUUCAUCUUUGGCGAGAAGCUCGGUCGUCGAAAGACGAUCUGGACCGCCAUGGGUCUAGUCAUCAUCGGCGCGACUCUUCAAGCGACGGCAUUCACGGUAACUCAUCUGGUCAUUGGGCGCUUGGUGACCGGUUUUGGCACCGGCAUGAAGACAUCGACUGUGCCCAUGUAUCAAUCCGAGCUCUGUGAUCGAAAGUACAGAGGCCGACUUGUCUCUGCCGAAACGUUAUUCGUCGGUGUAGGCAUUGUCUUCGCAUACUGGUUCGACUUCGGUAUGUCAUAUGUCGGCGGUCCAAUUGCUUGGAGACUGCCCCUCGCAUUCCAAAUCAUCUUUGCCCUAGUUGUCGUGGUUCUGGUCUUUGCCCUCCCUGAGUCUCCUCGAUGGUUAUUCAAACACGGCCGCGAGCAGGAAGCCAUCCAGGUCCUCUGCGACGUGUUUAACAAAGAACCAACCGAUGAGUACAUCCGAGCCGAGGUUCAUGCAAUCCACCACGCCAUCGAGCUAGAAGCCGCCGAGAAAAAGUCAUCUUCCCGGAUCAGUAUCUUCAAGAAUGAUCGGCUUAGAACGGGCCACCGCGUGUUGCUAGCAUGGGGUGCUCAGUUCAUGAAUCAGCUGGGAGGAAUCAACCUUGUCGUAUACUACAUUCCCUCGGUACUGGUGCAGAAUGUUGGCAUGACGCCUCAUUUGGCCCAGAUCAUUGGUGGCUGUGUGCAGAUGAUGUUCAUGUUUGGAUCCAUCUUGCCGGCUCUGGCCUUGGACCGUAUGGGUCGUCGCAAGACGAUGAUGUGGGGAAGUGCGGGACUUGGCGUCUGCAUGCUCAUGAUCUCGAUACUAUUGUCGCGGGUGGGCUUCACUGGCGGUCAAGCUUGCGCUUCGGCGUCUGUGGCAUUCUUCUUUCUGUACAACUUGAUAUUUGGCAUGGGAAUGAACUGCGUCCCAUGGGUCGUUGUUCCCGAAAUCCUGCCCCUCCAUGCACGAACUCGAGGUACUGCCGUCGGUAUCAGUUCCAACUGGCUAUGGAACUUCUUUGUCGUCAUGAUCACCCCGGUAAUCAUCAAUCGGCUUCAGUGGAAAGCCUACCUCAUCUUUGUCAUCACCAACUUCUUGUUUGUGCCAAUCAUCUACUUCUUCUAUCCUGAGACUAGCAACUUCAGGUUGGAAGAUAUCGACGAAUUUUUCACAUCGGGUGGUAAUCCAGUCAAGGUUGCGAAGGAAAUGUCAAAGGCAAUGAGGGCUGGAAAUGAUGCCGAGAAGCUAUCAAGCGUUUCUGAGAAAGAAAAGGUAGAGGUUGAGCACUCGUAAGAAUUUGAAGAGGGUUAGAAGCUGGUACUUGGUGGUGUGUUAUGGUAUGUAAGACGGGAGAUAACGUUAUGCCACAGUUUUCAAGU